AUGUUGAAUACUACGAUCCUCAUAUUCAAGUUCGUUGGAGUGGUCUUCGCUGCCGUUGGCAAUGUCAUCAAACAAAAAAUCGCCUCCGCGAUCCAUCGUUACCGUUACAAGCCGGUGGAUUCCCCUAAAAACAUUGUGAUAAUCGGAGCUUCCUUCGCGGGAUACCACACCGCUAAAUUGCUGGCUAACUCUGUGCCGACCGGUUACCAAGUCGUCGUGAUCGAAAAAAGCUCCCAUUUCCAUUUCACAUGGGUGUUCCCCCGUUUCUCGGUUGUCAACGGACACGAACACAAAGCGUUCGUCCCCUACGGGCCCUACUUAAAGGGGGCACCUAGAGGGAGCUGGCGGAUGAUACAGGAUACCGUCCUAGAGGUAGGCCCGUCCAUGAUCUCGCUACAAAGUGGAGUCAAAUUAGAGUAUGAGUUCCUGGUUCUUGCAACGGGCUCCCACGCAAGUUGUCCAUCUAGGCUCAAUGUGAAUGAAAAAACCCAUGGAAUCAAGGCCUUGCAGGAAUUUCAAAAUCGGAUCCGGAACGCGAGUGAUAUGGUGGUAGUGGGUGGGGGACCUGCUGGUGUCGAACUUGCUUCGGAUGCCAAGAGCGCCAACCCUCACAAAAUUGUGACAUUGGUCCAUUCGCAGAAGACCCUGCUGAACAACUUUGGAACUAAGGUCCAUGACGUUGCGCUCGAGGCCUUGGAGGGGCUCGGUGUACGCGUGAUCCUAGGCGAGCGGAUACAAACCCAGGGCGAGAAUGACGGUAGUGUGGUGUUGGGGACGGGGGCAGCGAUCCCUUGUGAUUUAUUGAUUCGAUGCACCGGCCAAAAGGCUGCGUCAAAUAUCAUCGCCGAGCUUUGCCCCGAUAUCGUCUCUCCCUUAGGUGGCUUUGUGAAAGUGAAGUCUACAUUGCAGAUCGCGGACGAUCGGUUCAGCAAUAUUUACGCCGCUGGUGAUAUCAUUGCGUCCACUGGUCCCAAGAACGGUCGCUCUGCCACACAACAAGCAGAGAUUGUGAGCAAUAACGUCCUCCGCGCGAUCCGGGGCCAAUGUCUGACCAUUCAUCACCCUAAUAUGUUGAUGGAAGGCGGCAUUGAGUUAACACUUGGACUGGAGAAAAACAUAGUCUACCUUACAGACGGCCUGAGAGACAUGCUUCUGACCCUUACAUCGAAGGAAAUCGCGUUAAAAUCCGAGUCUUGCUGGAAAAGGAUGGGGGCAACGCCAUUCUUGGAUGAGGCCUGGGAGGCGGCUCCGUGA